UCAAGGUCCUUUUAAUUUAUUUGAAAUAAAUAUAAUACACUGAGUUUUAAAAGUAAAAAAAAUACGUAAUAAUCUCGAAUUUGUCGACAUUUAAAAGUCGAGUAUAUAAUUUUUAUAUUGUGUCUUCCAAGAGUCUGGGUAAUAGAUAAACUGACAUCGUUUAUAAUUCAUGGAAGCCGUCUUUGAUCUGAUAGUAUAUGAGCAGUCUCAACUAGUCUUAAUAUCAGCAAGUCGCCAAUCACAACUAUCUCUACUAACUGUUGCUCUGCAGGCCGCGAUAGUAUUAAUCUGGACGUCUUGCAGGCAACUUCAAAUAUUUUAACUAUUAAAUAAAAUAACAAUUAUGAUGAACUCUCUAUGUAGGAUUAGUUAUCGGACAAAAAUCGCUCCAAUGAGGUUUUUUUCGGUUUCUGCAGUUCAUAACGCAAAUCAUUCAUGUAAAGUGCUAGUAAUUGGGGGUGGAUCGGGAGGUUGCACAAUAGCCGCAAAGUUUGCUCGGAGAUUAAAAAAAGGAUCUGUCAUUGUUUUGGAGCCAAGUCCUGACCAUUACUAUCAACCUCUAUUUACUCUCGUGGGGGCCGGAGUGACUUCAGUGGCAGCGACACGUCGUAGUGCGAAGAGUGUUCUACCCUCCAACGCAACUUGGGUCAAAGAUACCGCGCAGUGUAUAGAUGCUGAGAAUAAUGUCGUUAAAACAACUGAAGGGCAUGAAAUUAAAUAUGAUUAUGCAGUUAUCGCUGUCGGAUUGCAGUAUAAUUAUGAUAAGGUACCCGGACUUCGUGACGCGUUGAACGAUAAAGCCAGUUGUGUAUCAACUAUAUAUUCUCCUGACUAUUGUGAGAAAACCUGGAGUGACAUUCGAAACUUCAAGGGUGGAGAGGCAGUGUUCACAUACCCGGAUACACCAAUAAAAUGCCCAGGUGCUCCACAAAAGAUCGCAUACAUGGCGGAUUCCUAUUUUGAUAAGACGGCAAUUCGUUCGCGCGUUAACAUUACAUACAACACUUGCCUCCCAGUAAUAUUCGGUGUGAAGAAAUAUGCUGAUAUUCUCAUGGAGGUCGUCAAGAAGAAACGUAUCAAUGUGAACUACAAGACAGUGCUUAAAGAGGUCCAUGCUGAUAAGAAGGAAGCCGUGUUUUUCGUCGCUGAUGAUAAGAGCAAGGAAAUAACACUCCCAUACGACAUGCUGCACGUGACACCACCUAUGUAUACACCUGAAUUUCUCCGGAACAGCCCCGAUAUUGUGGAUGGAAGUGGUUACCUGGAUGUGGAUAAAUUCACCCUGCAGCAUAGGAAGUACUCGAAUAUCUACGGCAUUGGUGAUUGCACAAACACACCUAACAGCAAGACUGCGGCAGCUAUAGCUAAACAAUCGUACGUCGUAGAACAUAACCUCCUCAGUACGAUGUCGGGUAAACAAAGUCUCGAUCAAAAAUACAACGGGUACGGCGCAUGUCCCAUAGUCACUCAAUAUGGCAAGUGUAUACUCGCGGAGUUCGUAUAUGAUGGCGUGCCAAGGGAGACAUUGCCCAUUAACCAGGCACGGGAAAGUAUAAUGGCGUACUACAUGAAGAGGGAUCUUUUCCCAUUCCUCUAUUGGCACUUCAUGUUAAAGGGGUACUAUCAUGGGCCUGAGUGGGUGCGGCAGAUCAUCAAUCCUCUAGCUAAGUAAACAUAGCUAAAAAUACGUUUUUUAAAAUGGACCUCAAUUCAAGACAAUUAAGACCCAAUUUCGAAUAAACACACAUACGCACAUAUUUUUGUAGAGAAUUUAAAGUUAUAGUAAUUGUGUACUGGUUUUGCAUUAAGAUUUAUGGGGUAUUUUAUCCCCAGUGGAAGUUGAUAUUAAUUUAUAGAAAUGUGAACCAUAGGUAUUAGACUAUAGGUUUAUGGAUUCAGUGUCCGCACUUAGACUCUCACUAGGUUCGUCGUGCGUUAAGUCCUGUCUAACUAAGUCUAGCUCCUUCAAGAAGCACAGAAGUCUAUGGAGCACUUCACAGUCUUAACGGGGCGACUUCACUGCUCCGAGGAUUUCUGUACGUUGCCAUAGAUGUACAGUACGUUGCCACACACGUACAGUUGAGUACGUUGUUUAGCCACAGCCUCGCAUUCCAGGACUAUGUGGGUGACUGAUUCCUCUGAAACAGCCGUUGCACUUUGGGCUGUCUCAAUAUGAACCAUAGAUACAUUGGUCUGAAGUGCGAAAUUUUGUCUGAUCAAAUGAUGUUCAUUAAUACCCAAUAAUUGCGCAACAAUAAUUUUAUCAUGCAUAUCUCAUUUACGUAAUUGAUAGGCUUGGCAAUCUAAGCUUAACACAAUUAUCGCAGUGUUUUGUGUAAAUAAUAAUCGAUUGCGUUGCAAAUCUUUUUUUCUAUUGAUAUCGCUUAUAUAAGAACCUAUUGGCCUGAUUUUUAAUUCGUCUUAGCUAGCAUUUGUCAAAAUUAAUUGUCUAUGCUGUUUGACGUUUUUGACUGACCUUAAACAACUUACUAAAAUAUUCUUAAGGAUGGAAUGAAGGCAUUGCGUUGCCGAAAACAGACAUUUAUUGCAUAUAUUUCUACAGUAAUUUUAAUACAAAUAUUAUCUGAUUUAUCUUUGUAAAUAACGGUUUAUGUGAUAAAUUGUAUUUAUUAUUAUUUUAAGUUAAAUCACAUUUAUUCUUAGCAUAGUAUCGCGUUGAUAUUAUUGGUAAUGUAUUUGAGAUUUUUAUUUAUUGUUUAAUAAAUGUUUUAAAGUUA